UCUCUCUCUCUCUCAUCCUCUCUUUGCUGUCCUUUCUUCUCUUUGCGCCUUCGAAACAUGGAGGAUGUGAUGAAAGGCUACAAGGUGUCGGCUUUUGGCGACUGGAAUUUCUACGAUGAGAAGCCGAUAGCACAAGGCUUGCAGUCGAUAAUGGACACCGACUUCGUCCAAGCUCACUUCUUCGUGGGAGAUGGCGAGGAUCUCUUCAAGGUGUUGUCGCCUUACGGGCAUCAGCCCAAGACGACGGGAAAGAGGAGAGGAAUCGAAGGAGAAGGGAAGAAGGUGUACUAUGAGCGGAAGAGGAGGAAGCCUAAAGCUGUUGAUGAAGACCUUUACAAGAUACCUCCGGAGCUGCUGUAUCAAAUACCAAAGAAGAAGAAGUUGCUUUGGAAGUUUUGGGCAGGCUGUCUGUGCCUCAACUGUAUUGCCUGAGAGGUCCAGUAGAUUUCUUGGAGGGGCAUUUUGUAUGACAGAUUGUAUGUACUUCCAACUAUGAUGAAAUGCAAGAGCUUGUUCACUACUCAGCAAUACUGUACUUGUAACAAUGUUCUUCUAGCCAUCAAAUACUCUCCAAUUUCUCAA